AUGGGCUCAGCUUUCAGUUGCUGUGGCUCAGAAAAGGUCGACCAAGGUGAAGGGUUGUCGACGAAUACGAAUGGAAGCCGCGGUGGUGGUUGGAGAAUAUUUACGUACAAAGAGCUGCAUACUGCGACCAAUGGCUUUAGUGAUGAUAACAAGCUUGGAGAAGGUGGAUUUGGGAGUGUGUAUUGGGGUAAAACCGCAGAUGGACUCCAGAUAGCAGUGAAGAAAUUGAAAUCACUGAAUUCGAAGGCUGAGAUGGAGUUUGCCGUGGAAGUUGAAGUCCUUGGAAGGGUGCGACACAAGAACCUUUUGGGACUUAGAGGCUAUUGUGUUGGAAGUGAACAAAGGCUGAUUGUCUAUGAUUAUAUGCCAAAUCUGAGUCUACUUUCGCAUCUUCAUGGCCAAUUUGCUAAUGAAGUUCAGCUGGAUUGGAGAAAGAGGAUGAAAAUUGCCAUUGGAUCCGCUGAAGGAUUGCUGUACUUGCACCAUGAGGUAACUCCCCACAUCAUUCACAGAGACAUUAAGGCAAGCAAUGUGCUACUAGACUCAAAUUUUGAGCCACUGGUAGCCGAUUUUGGGUUCGCGAAAUUGAUUCCGGAAGGAGUGAGCCACAUGACAACUAGGGUGAAGGGCACCUUAGGAUACUUAGCACCAGAGUAUGCAAUGUGGGGAAAGGUCUCAGAGAGUUGUGAUGUUUACAGUUUUGGAAUCCUGUUGCUAGAACUCAUCACCGGCCGAAAGCCAAUCGAGAAACUCCCUGGUGGCGUAAAAAGGACCAUAACCGAGUGGGCGGAGCCCUUGAUCGCGAAGAACAAGUUCCGGGAUCUUGUUGAUCCGAAACUUAGAGGCAAUUUCGACGAGCAUCAGCUCAAACAAGCUAUAAAUGUGGCCGCAUUGUGUGUUCAAGGUGAGCCAGACAAGAGGCCUAAUAUGAAAGAAGUUGUGAGUUUGCUUAAAGGGAGUGACCCUAAAGUCUCAACAAUGCAAUUGAGGCUUCAAAGUGUGAAAUAUGGGGAUGAUUUGUUGGCUCUUGAUCAAACAAGUGAUGAUGAGAAAGAUAGGAAUCAUGAAGAUCAAAGUAGUGCUUAUGGUGUUUUUGAUGCAAUUGGGAUGCAAAAGAUGAAUGAUCCUUACAGACAUUAUGCAAACAAGAAGCAGCCCAAAAUUCUUGUAGGAAUACCUUUUGAUGCUGAAGAAAGCAGCGAAUUGCUCAAUUGGGUAAUCACAGUUCUUGCUCGGCCGAAUGACAUUGUGGUUGCUAUGCAUGUUCUUGUUGCAGAGGAGGCCAAGAAAAGCGGAAAGAAAGAAGAUGACAAGAAAUGGCAAUCAAUUGUUAAGUAUCAGAAACAAAUUCGUCAGGCAAAAGCUUUUGUCAUCUCUAUUACCAGUGAAUUUGUAAAAACCUGCCAAUCCAAACAGGUGAGUUUGGAAGCCAGAGUUGGUUUUGGCUCCAGUAUUGGAAGAGGCCUAACCAAGGAAGCAAAAAGCAUUCCAGCUGAUAUACUUGUCAUUGGUGGGAAAAAGGAUCAGUCCUGCAAUAUAUCGCGCAGAAUUAGACGGCAUUGUUGUGAGCAUGCUCCCGAAGGCUGUUCAUUAGUGCUGGUUGGCAAACAUUUACGCCAAAAAUCGGCUGUCUGCCCAAAUUCCAAACAGGUUCAAGAGUUUUGCAAGUCUAGGUCAAGGUGGUCUCAAAGUAGCUGCGACCUAAGCAACUCUGUUUCAUCUGAUGAUGGAAUUGCUGGCUCAAAAUCUGAGAAUGAAAAACGUUCGCCAAGGACAGUGUUGGAGGCUUUUGAAACAGAAUCACAGGGCACAGGGGAGGAUAGUUCUAGCAUUGAUGAAACAAGUGUCACAAAGUCUCCUAUUGUGGUUAGUGAAAUGAAAAGACAACCUGAACCUAAGAAGCCAAUGUCGCCAUUAAAGAUUUUCUCGUCUUUCUUUCGCUCUCCAUUCGACUCGAGUGCAAGAAAGAGAAAUGAUGCUUUGUUCAAAAAGGAGAAGCAGCAGCCUAUGUUAAAGUGCUUUGGCUAUGAAGAAAUUGUAAAUGCCACCAACAACUUCCACGACGAGAACAUGGUUGGACAAGGAGGAUUCUCUGAGGUUUAUAAAGGUGUUCUUAAAGAUGGGAGUAUCAUUGCAGUGAAGCGCCUAGCGAAAGACACGACGACAAACAAGGAAAAUGACUUCCUGAUGGAGUUAGGCAUUAUUGGACAUGUAAACCACCCUAACACAGCAAGUUUAGUUGGCUGCUGUGUGGAAAAUGGACUAUAUCUGAUCUUCAAGUUCUACCCAAAUGGAACCUUGGCAUCAGCACUACAUGGCAAGGAAUCCCAACCUCUUGAGUGGCCAAUCAGAUAUAGAAUCGCACUUGGAGUUGCAAGAGGACUACAUUACUUACACAAAUGUUGCAAACAUCGAAUCAUACACCGCGAUAUCAAAGCCUCAAAUGUGCUUCUAGGUCCAGAUUAUGAACCGCAGAUUGCAGACUUCGGACUCGCAAAAUGGCUGCCAAACAAGUGGACUCAUCAUGCUGUGGUUUCAAUUGAAGGUACAUUCGGAUACUUAGCGCCAGAGUAUGUGCUUCACGGGCUGGUUGAUGAGAAAACGGAUGUUUUUGCAUUUGGAAUACUCCUUUUAGAGAUCAUUACUGGGAGGAGGCCAGUGGAUUCAUCCCAACAAAAUCUGCUUCUUUGGGCAAAACCCUUGAUGGAAUCUGGAAAAUUAAGUGAAUUAGCUGAUCCAAACUUAGAGAGUAACUAUAGCAUAGUAGAACUACAUAGGCUAGUGCUUACUGCUUCAUAUUGCGUACGGCAGUCUCCAUCAGGUCGACCUUCAAUGACAGAGGUUUUGGAACUGUUAACCUACGGAAAUGACUCUGAAGCGGCAAGAAGUUGGAGGAUACCAAAAUUUACAAGUGAUGAAAUCGAUGAUUACUCUAUGGUUUUUGGUUAUCAACUUCCAGCAGAUUUAGCUUUGGAGGAUUAA